AAUAAUCAGAAGGGUAGGGAGAGCAGAAUAAGUUUAAAUUCAUUGAAUUGAAAUGCUGAGAGAGGUGGAAUACCGAUACUCGUUAUAUAUUUAAAGCUCAUAGAAAGCAGGUUUACGGUUAGUCGCUUUCUCUUAGUGAAAAGUGAAACUUGCUAGCAUCUAAAUCGAGACCAACCAUGGGAUCUUGGCCUGAAAACGUAGGAAUACUAGCUCUGGAGUUAGUUUUUCCUUCUCGGUAUGUAGACCAAACCGAGCUCGAGAAAUACGACGGCGUCUCCGCCGGGAAAUACACAAUCGGACUGGGGCAACAGAAAAUGGGAUUCUGCACUGACCGAGAAGACAUCAACUCCCUGUGCCUCACUGUGGUAAAGAAGCUGAUGGAAAGGCACCACGUAAGCCCUAGUGACAUAGGCAGGCUAGAAGUAGGUACCGAAACAAUAAUUGAUAAGUCUAAAAGUGUGAAGACGGUGCUGAUGCAGCUUUUUGAGCCCUAUGGGGUGACAGACAUCGAAGGAGUUGAUUCCACCAACGCUUGUUACGGGGGAACUGCAGCCUUAUUCAAUUCCAUUUCUUGGGUCGAGUCUUCCGCCUGGAAUGGUCGUUACGCUCUGGUCGUGGCAGCUGACAUUGCAGUUUAUGCCAAAGGCAAUGCUAGGCCUACGGGAGGUGCUGGGGCAAUAGCGAUGUUGAUUGGACCAAAUGCUCCUCUGGUUUUCGAUAGGGGCAUUAGAGCCACUUACGUCAAACAUGCAUAUGACUUCUAUAAGCCUGACUUGACUUCGGAGUACCCUGUAGUGGAUGGGAAGCUUUCAAUUCAGUGUUAUCUUAGUGCUUUGGACAACUGUUACCAAUUGUAUAAAAAGAAUGCUGCUAAAAAGUUGAAAACAGAUGUUAGUUUGGACUAUUUUGACGCCGUGCUGUUCCACUCUCCCUACUGUAAGCUUGUGCAAAAAUCCCUAGCUCGCCUAUCCCUAAAUGACUAUAUCCAGUCAAAAAAUAAGUCCCAAAAAUUCCCAGGCCUGGAACAGUUUGAGAACGUCAAGUUAGAAGACAGCUACUUUGACAGGGAUGUCGAGAAAGCUUUUCUAACCUUUACCAAAGAUAGUUUCACCAAAAAAACCCACCCCUCACUUUUAGUGGCUAGCCAGAUAGGAAAUAUGUACACUCCGUCAUUGUACGGGGGCCUCGUUUCGUUUCUAGUCAGUAAGGACAUAUCCCAGUUGGCAGGCAACAAAAUAGGUUUGUUCUCCUAUGGUUCUGGCUUGGCUGCGUCGAUGUUUUCUAUCACAGUAUCCACGAACGUUGAAGGAGGACUGAGAAGGCUGGUGUCGAAUUUAGGUCACAUUAAGCCCCUUCUGGAACAGCGGGUAGAGGUAGAGCCUAGUAAAUUUGAGGCCAUGCUGGAACUCAGGCAAGAAACUUGCCACAAGGCUCCAUACGAGCCGAUAAGUAGUUUGGAGUCCUUUUUGCCAGGCACAUAUUAUUUAGUGAAGAUCGAUGAAAAACAUCGAAGGUUUUACGAGAGGAUUCCUUUAGCAACUAAUGGGCAUGCAUAGGUAUGUAAAGAGCUAGCAGAUUUCUUGGAAAAAAAUUAUUCAACACUUGAAUUACAUUGAGUCUGACAGUUUUAAAGUUCAGUGAUGUGUAGACAUUAUUUCAAAAAUCAGUUGGACUUGGGUGCCCGUCUUCGAUAGAGGAGGCAUUUAUACCUUGUUCAAGUAAUACUAUAUUCUGAAAUUUUCACUGGACA